CUCAUAAUUCCAAACCACCCAGAAGUUAAUCCAAAAUGCCCGAACCACCCAGCUACGACCACCACCUUCUCGACCGUCUCAACGCCCUCAAAAGAUCAAGCAUCCAACUAGAACCCUCCAAGUGACUUGACCCCCCCCGGCUCAUCUCACAUAUCAUCACAUAGCUAAAUCCUCAUAGACCAUCCAUCCCCCAUCCCUCCCAUAAUGAAUCAACGCCAGAAUCAGACCUGUCCGCUCGCCUAAGAAGUCUACGAAAUGGCUCAUCUCCGAGUCCCGUUUCAGCACCGCUUACUAAUGACAAAACUUCACAAAACCACAUUUCAUUCUCACAGCCUCAUGUUCCUACGAGAGUGGGAGAUGGCGAUAGAGAUCCAUUGACCAAUCCUGAAGAUCUGGAUGAGAGGACCCUGGAGGAGCUGCUUGCUGAUUUGGAGAUGGGGGAUGAGUGGGGAUUGGAUCCGGAUGAUCCUAAGGAUGUGAAGAGGUUGCUUGAUGAGGCUAGAGGCGUAUUGGCUCGUGAAGGAGGCACGCCGCAAGGAAAAGAUGGGAAUGAGAAGGAAGAGGUGAGAGGUGAGAGGGAGGAGAGGAAGGGGAAGGAAGGAGGAGGGGAGUAUCUGACGAGGGGGUUGGAUAUGAGUGUUUUCACCAGUACAGUUGAUGAGGACGAAGACGGAGAUGAGAGGUCAGAAAAGGGUGAUACUGAAAGAGAGGGAGAGGGAAAAGCAGGGGAAGACGGUCUUGACAACAAGUCGAGAGAAGUGAGGGAUAUCGUCAGGAAGUUGAUGGACGAAGUCAACCUUGGGAAAGAAGAUGAGGAUAACCAUCCCCCAGAUCCCAAAUCCGCAUCCCCAUCACCAUCAAAAGAAAAACAACCACCCACCCCCUUCUCCCUCCCNAGUCAACCUUGGGAAAGAAGAUGAGGAUAACCAUCCCCCAGAUCCCAAAUCCGCAUCCCCAUCACCAUCAAAAGAAAAACAACCACCCACCCCCUUCUCCCUCCCCUCCGCCGCCUCAACACUCCCCUCCCAACUACCAUCCCGCAAAUCUCUCGACUUCGACGCCGACAUCACCUCCAGACUAUCCGCCCUCUCUAACCCAAACCCAACCCUCAAUCUUCCCUCCGCACCCACAUCCAACCCCGAUCCAUUGGGUCUCCCCUCUGUACCAACCUUCAAGCCUAGUGACAAACCCGUCCCCGGGAUCGCGAAGAAUGUGUUCCUGGAUGAGGAGAUCGAUAGUUGGUGUGUGAUCUGUCAGGACGAUGCGACGGUUCGGUGUCUGGGCUGUGAGGGCGAUUCGUACUGUGCUGGUUGUUGGAAGGAGGGUCACAUGGGGCCGGAUGUUGGGUUGGAGGAGAGGGGACAUCGGUGGGAGAGGUUUAGGAAGUUGA